GGGCGGUCUCGCUCGUUUCCCGCGCGAGGUUAGCGCAUUUCCCUCCAAAACUAUAGGUGCCUUAUAAAUGCCUGAGGGACUUUCACUCUGGUCUGAACGGCUCGUCUUUGAGGACACGAAUAUGGUGAACAGUGGGACUAGUCUUCAGCUUCAAGUGGAACAGCUCUGACAUGUAUGGUUAUCAGACCUGGAGAGGAGAGACACCUGGUCCAACAAGGUGAUGGACGGUUGAAAGGACAAAUCAACAAGACGAACAAGACGAGCCAAACAAUGGAGAUGAGCAGCCACAGGAGCCUGAAAGGAAAGUAACAAGAGCAGCCAGGAGCUGAAAGUGUGGGCAGAGGAACAGGCUGCUGAGGACCAGUUGGACAGAGGUUUCCUGAACUGAAUCCUGAUUUCCUGUCAUCAAGUUUUGUGGACCGACAUGUUGUCUGGUUGGUGCUCAGCCCAGGACAGGAAGGCUUUGCAGUGGGUGAUCCAUCCAUCCACAGAGCAUCAGUGACAGUGAAGAGACAGCUCAGCUUAAGAGCAGUUGACUGGAUCAACAGAGCCAGGUCACUGUGGAGACAUGGAGGCUGUUAGUGGACUGUUGCUGAUGCUGCUCGGAGUCUCUCAUGCAGGUUUGUUCACCUGGAAAAUGUGAGAACAACUCCCACGCUGUCUGGUAUCAACUGGAAUGCUGCCCAUAAAUAGCCCUGCAUAAUGUGCCAGCUCCUCUGGAUGAAUAGGAGAUGGAGCUGAUACUUGUCCUCCUCUUGGUUGUAACAGCUGUGUCUGGGUGUGGUGUACCCAGCUACCAGCCCAACACCAGCCGCGUGGUGAACGGUGAAGAAGCCCGUCCUUACAGCUGGCCAUGGCAGAUUUCUCUGGAGUCUUUCUUCCCCACCUGUGGGGGAACAUUGAUAGCUCCAAACUGGGUCUUGACUGCUGCACACUGCAUCACAUUCCACACGUACAGGGUGGUUCUCGCUGAGCAUGACAUGAACAAAGAGGAAGGACCUGAACAAUUAAUUAUGGUCUCAAAAAUGUUCAUUCAUCCUAAAUGGAAUGACAACUGUGUGUCUUGUGGGAAUGACAUUGCCCUGCUCAAGCUGGAGAAAAGUGCUGUUAUCAAUGACAAAGUCCAGCUGGCUUGCUUGCCACAGCACGGUGCAACACUCGCCCACAACCAGCCGUGCUAUGUCACAGGCUGGGGUCGUCUCUACUCUGGUGGUCCUCAGGCAACUACACUACAGCAGGCCCUACUUCCUGUGGUGGAUCAUAGUGUCUGUAUUCAAAGUGACUGGUGGGGCAGCUCAGUAAAGACAACCAUGGUCUGUGCAGGCGGAGAGAAAAAGUCAGCAUGCCAUGGCGACUCCGGAGGCCCUCUGAACUGUAAGGGCACAGAUGGUAAGUGGUACGUACAGGGAGUGACUAGUUUUGUGGACGGACGAGGCUGUAACACCCCUCAGAAGCCAACUGUCUUCACCCGUGUGGCCACUUUCAUCCCCUGGAUCAGUGAGGUGAGGAGAACCACACGAACUGCCAUAAUCCCUUUACAGGAAAAGUCUAAUGUUAAAACGUUUCUGUGUUCCCUUCAGACAAUGGCCCAAAACUGAAGAAGUUUCAACGACUCAAGAAGUAACUGAACAAUAAACUGUAUAAUGAAACAUUCA